AUGUCCUGUGCUUUCAGCCUCUCUCAGAUGGCCGAGAUCCUCCAUGUGUCCCGUUCCACAGUCAAACGGCGCCUACGACGCUUGAAUCUUUCACAGGCGGGGCGUUUUUCAGACUUGUCAGACACUGCUCUGGACGAUAAGGUCAAGGAUCUGGUGGCUGGGAACGACAGACUUGGACCGGAGUCCGUCCGAGCACAACUGAGGGCAGAGGGAAUCCGGGUGCAGAGACGCAGAGUGAGGGAUAGCAUGCUUCGCGUUAAACCGAGGGCGGCUGCCCUCAGAGCCAUGUCGCAGAGGCUGCACAGAAGGUCCUACCGUGUCGCUGGUCCAAAUUCUUUAUGGCACCUGGAUGGAAACCACAAACUGAUAAGGUGGAGGAUAGUCAUCCACGGUGGCAUUGAUGGCUACAGUCGCCUUGUUGUGUUUCUCCGUGCUUCCAGCAACAAUCGCAGCAGUACGGCUCAGGACGGGGAGGCUCAAGACGGGGUGGCAGGGACACCUGUUGUUCACUGGAUAGAGAGAGUGACCAUACCUCCAAACCGGUUUACUUUGGGAAAUGCUCUCAUGCAACCCAACCCCCCAGUUGCGGAACACCCCGAACCGGCCCGGAACCCUCCGGUGCCACAGGGCCUGCUGCGGAACACCCAGGACGGGACCGGAAGCCUCCGGUGCCCGCUGGCCCCGACCGCUCGACAAGUCGGGAUCGGGAUCGUCUUUUCCCGCCAGACCAGACCCGGAGGGAGGAAGGAGGGACAGACGGGCAAGAGCCCCACCACCUUCGCCGAGAGCAGGCAGGCCACAGGAGAGUGGCACCCCUAG